AACUCGAGCGACGAACGCCUCCUUUUCCCGUCCAACCGACCAAACUUGCAUUUUACCGCGCGCGCACGCGUUCCUUUCAAUCGCUCCGAACUAACGCGUUCGCUUCCCAUCGCUUCCCACCCUCUUUCCUUCUCGCUUCGCUUUCAUGCUAUAUUCCUUUUUCUUCCUUCUCGUUUCUCUUCUUUCUACGUCACAUACUCUUUCCGUACGAUUCCCGGCGCUCGAGUGCACGCUACAUCUCGAGGGCACACACCGGCGUCGAAUCAAACGGACGACGUCGUUCUUCCGUUCGUGAGGCAACGGACACUCGGAUUGCGUGAUCGCUCGCCAUCGUCUCUCUCUCUCUCUCUCUCUCUCUCUCUCUCUGUUUGCCCAGCCACAUCGGCCAAAGCCCGAGAAUUGUAGAGAAAGAAGGUAAUUCGCCCGCGACAUCGCCUCCUUCGACCGAAUAAUCCACCACGGAUCGCGGACGUCUCGAUCGCGGACGUCUCGAUCGCGUAUAGUUAACAGUCGACACGAACGAUAGAUUCGGACUUCGUAAAACGAGAGAAAGGUCAAAGUCGAGUUCGACGCCGAUCAAGCAGACCGCCUCUAUACGGACUAACAUCGGACUCUACUACUAUUACCAUCGCUACUUCUACCACUAUUACUAGCCUACGAGAAAAACCGUCUAUCUCGAAUUAACGAGUUUCCGAGUUUACGAACCUUGUCGGAAUCACCGCGGCUAACGCAUCGCAUUUCUAUGGAAGAAAAUCGCAACGAACCAGAAUCGUCGACAUGGUAGGAAACGUUGCGUUUUCAAAUGCCAUUUACCGAGCUGCCGAUCACGAUCCUCCUAUAGACAUCCUUUUCCACCGCUUUGCGCACCUACACACUUCUUGCACGAAAAAACAACGAAUCGACGCGAUGGAAUCCGCGAAAACCCGCGAUGACCACGUUUCGAAUGACUUGCCACUAAUCACCAUGUCCUCGGUUACAAGGACGGCACCGGCAACGUCCAGUGUAACGAUAACAACGACGCCGCCGACAACCACGACGACGUCGUCGACCACUACGAUCGCAUCCGAGAGUUUGGACAUCGAAACGGACAACGAGCAAAGAAUUUACAGCGAUGCCUUCUUGAAUCGUUGUAAAGAACUCGCCAGCUACAACGACUCCGUCUGCGACGAGGAAGACUACGCCACCACUUGGUUCUCUCGAGUUCGACGACGAUGUUCCAACAUUCGUGUUUUAACAGAUUGGCUACCGAAUAUGUGUUCGUGCAUGGAGACCGGUACCACGUUUCUCAACCAAUCCACGGGGCACUAUCAACGGCUUAGUCCGAAGAGGAAUCUGUUGGAGUUUAUCCGGUCCAUGAAUAGAAUUCGUACGUCCGAAGGAUUCUCUCGGCAAGCGAACGAUAGCGAGGAAGACGAGGAGCAGAUGGAGGAACUACGCUUUUACUGUGACGAUGACACCUGCUACGAUAUAUUCGUUGAGAAGAAUCUUCGCGUGGUCGAUUUAUGCGAACUUCUCAAAGCGAAAAGAAGCAAGAUAGGGAUCGAUUGGUCGAUUGUUGAAACUUGGUCAGACUUGGGAAUAGAGCGUACAUUGGAAGAUCACGAAUACGUUUUGGCCGUGUACAAAGAGAUAAAAACGAUUCCCGUGAAGCGCGCACAAAAAUUCGUCUUCCGCCAAGAUUAUCUCAAGUACCAGUUUUUCUAUGACUCGGGGCAAUUCCUCUCCACCGAGAUGAUCAACGUUUCAGCCGUGUUCGCGGAAGACUGGGAUACUUUGGCGGAAGCAGAAACGGCGUUACGAAACUAUUUGGAAGAUGAAGGUAUAGAAUGCCCAGAGGUGUUCGGUUUAGCCUGGAUACAGAAUGGACGGUUGAACGUUUGGCGAAGAAUCCACUUGCUUCUUCGAGAUCGCAAGCUUUACCAAGCGAAAAAGGUGAAAAGCAAGCAAGCGUUCCCGUUCGCCCACUUGACGGAUUACAUGGUGUACAAGAUCGCGAACGCCAGGAAGAGAUACAGAGCGCCCUUCCCCUGGGGCAUCUGCCUGAGGCCAACCGGCAACGCUCGAGUCAAAAGCACGGAGUCUGCUGGAGAAGCCGGGUUCAAGGUCAUCGCUUUCCAUAGUGAAAAGUCUCGCGCCUGUUGGCUCACGGCCAUGAGACUCGCCAAGUACGGCAAGCAACUCAGGGAAAACUACAGAGCCUUUAAGAACAAACAGUGCGAACAGACCGACGGACCCAAGGAUCGAUACGUCAACUACAACGUAUCCAACGAAUCGGUACGAUCACGCGUGGCCAUGGAUUUCACCGGUAGCGUUGGAAGAAUCGUGGAAGACCCGAAGGAAGCGAAGAACAUCGCCGAAAGCGAAGGCGUGAACUGGCGGCGAACGUGGAGACCGUUCUCGAGACCACCACCUGGCUGCGCGGUGGUGAGAUUGCACGGACUGGACGACGGUAUACACGUUCUACAGCCGUGGUUUCACCGAGGGCUCAAGAGAGACAUCGCCGCGGCGAUCGUACGGGACCACGGUUCCGUUGACGGCGUGUUCCUGGUACGCGAGAGCAAGAGCAACCUAGGCGCUUACGUGCUCACCUACAAGUACAGCGAGAAGGUGUUUCACGCGCAGAUUCAACCCGUGUUCGACGAACGAUGCAACUGUUGGUUGUACACCCUCGACAAGGGCAUCACCCGGUUCUACGAUUUGCUGCAACUGAUCGAAUUUUACCAGCUGAACGCGGGCUGUCUGCCCACUCGUCUCACCCAUUACGUGCAAAACGGAGUGCCGGAGAUGCUUCCGCUUCCGGUACCCAUGUCGUUCCCGCACUCGGACGACGGAGACGGUUCGCCGUCACCGAUCGAACUGGAACAGCGAUUCGACGGGAACGCGAUCGACGCCGCCGGACACAAGAGCAUCUGAGAAUAGGAAUUCCAGCGGCCCGUCAGCGUCGACGAGCGUCUCGUCGCGGCCAAUUGUUCGCUCGACUACGACGACGCUUCUCGGACGAACGGAAUCGCCAACGAGAACCGGUCCGGCGACGCGAACGUUCGAUCCGCGCGAUCGGGUUGCUGGAGUCUGUGCCUGUGCAGCUACAGCAAAUGGAACCUGUAGCGCAGAUUUUCCAUAGCCCAACGGAGAAAAACGCGUCUCCUCGUGGUUAACUUUGACGAGGAUACAACGCGAAAAGUGGAAUAACGGAAAACGACGGCGGCGACAGAGGAGUAGGAGCAAGAGGAGGAGGAAGAGGAGGACGAAGAGGAGGAGAAGCAGGAAAAGAAAGUGGAAGGUAGAAGAAGGAGAAAGAAGGAAAAAGAUUGAUCGACGAAAACGCGACCGAUACGGCGACGAAAGCCGAGGAGACGAAAGUAUACGCGCACGCAUCGGGAUAUCGUCUCGAUCUCUCUUCACCGACUCUCUUCGUUUCUCCUUUCCGAAUCGGUCUCGCGCCUCGUAACGCGUUCCCUCGUCGCGUGCAACCGAUCUUUCGAAAAUCGGCUUUGAUAGCGGUUAAUCAAUCCCGAUUUCUCGAGUCGGUGCUUCGAGGAUACGGAACAGCGUAAUGUCCGAAACGGGAAGAGAAGCCGAAGAGAGCACGGGGAUGCAACGACGAUGGAACGACGAUAAGGAAGAUGCGGGCGCGCGCGAGCGUUUUCGGAACGAAUAUCCGCUAGAGAUCGCACUCGAUAGAGAAA